AUGGAACUUAAACCCAAGCAAGCCUCCAAAGAAACGGUACGUGGCCCAUACUCCGUAUCUCAGCUUGGAGGACCCUGUGCCAUUAACAAGCGCAUCACCAGAGUAAUAGGCGCCACCUUCUCCCUUGACUCCCGCUACGAAAUUCUCGACACUUUAGGCAGUGGUGCCUACGGCGUUGUAGUUUCAGCCCGAGACACCCAUACCGGCGAAAUGGUGGCAAUAAAAAAAAUCGAAAAAGCCUUUGAACACACGACCUUUGCCAAGCGAACCUUACGAGAACUCAUCAUCCUCCGCUUGUUAGAGCACGAAAACAUAAUGAGGAUACGCACCAUUCAGCUGCCUGUCUCCCGAGAAGACUUUGACGAAAUUUAUGUCGUAAACGAGCUGCUGCAGACAGAUCUAAGCUCAAUUAUAAAAUCUCCUCAGCAUUUAUCUGAUGACCACUGCCAAUUCUUUUUAUAUCAGCUUCUUAGAGGAAUGAAGUAUAUGCACAGCGCAGGGAUUAUACAUAGAGACUUAAAGCCUAGGAAUUUAUUGGUAAAUUCCAAUUGUGACUUGAAAAUUUGUGAUUUUGGACUAGCAAGGCCUUAUAUAAAAGAACUGAAAAUAAACUCGACUCAGAUGACUGAUUAUGUGGCAACAAGGUGGUAUAGGGCUCCUGAGCUACUUUUGACGUUCAAGAAAUAUACGACGGCGCUGGAUAUGUGAAGUGUUGGGUGCAUUUUUGGAGAGCUUUUGCAUAGAAAGCCGAUCUUGCCUGGAAAUGAUGCAAAUCACCAGCUUGAGCUGAGUUUUAACCUUAUCGGUACCCCGACAGACGAAGAUAUCCAGUGCAUUCCUACGACUAAGGCUAGAGACAAGGUGAUGAGAAUGGCGAGAAGGCCAGCACGUGCUUUUGAGACCAUUUUUAGGACAGCAAAUCCGAAUGCGAUGGAUUUGCUGAAGAAAAUGCUGGUUUUCAACCCAGCGCGAAGAAUUACUAUAGAAGAAGCCUUGUCCCACCCUUAUCUGGUAGCUUUGCAUUACCCAGAAGAUGAGCCAGUCCGAGAGCCAGUCUCGCUGUUUGACUUUGAGUUUGAAAGGCAGCUGCUGACGAUGAGGGACACAAAGGACUUGAUUUAUAAUGAAAUUUUGCUUUAUCAUUUUCAGGAUAAAAGAGAUGAGUACGAGAGGGCGAAAAUUGAGUAUGCAAGGCAAUUGCACAUCCCAGGAAGAAUGAUUAUUUCGAGGGAUGCGGAUAGUGACGAAGAUUUAGAAAUUUCUUAA